AUGCUUCCCUUGAACCCAUACCUGGCCGCCUUCUUCCGACACGGCAACCCCAUCAUCGCCCAGUGCUCCCCAGUGCAUCACCACGUCCUCCUCGUCCCAACCACCGAAUUCCUCCUCACCUCCCGCGAGACCGAGAGUGGCCAGUCGCCUUCAGAGCUCGUAGCCUCUGAAGACUUCUUGGGCAGCCAUGUGCUCAAGAUACCCAGCAGUGUUGCGACAGCGGGAGGGAAGGAUUCCGGCGUGGGAAAUCUGCGAGAGCUGAGGGGCAAAGCACGACAAUACAAUACCUUAAACGGCCGCAGUGUGGUUAUCAAGGAUGCAUUCGUGUACAGCAACAAAGGCUUCAAGAGUCUUGCACAAGCCCAGAUACUUGGUGAUGCCAUCUGGUACGCCGACUCGCUCGAACCGAAGCAAUGGCUGAUAUACUACAUAUCGCGACCCUUGGUAGGGACGUGGGACGAGGUCCACGUUCCCCGGGCGGUACUCACCCCAGGUAUGGCCAAAAGGAGGCUCGCUCAGGCCAAGCAAGCAGCAGCCAUCGAGAACGGGGAGCCGAGUCUCCCCAAGAAGAAAGAGAUCAAGACCUUCCAUGAUCUCCUGAACAACUUUCCCAUCAUCGCGAGGCAGAUGCAAUCUGGUCUCGACAAGCUAUUCCGAGAAUUUACCAUAGUCUUCGAGAGGCCUCUUCCGCCGCCGCCUUCCGCAGUACAUAUUCCUGAUCCCCUGCCGGAUGGGCCAAUCGCGACAGCUAUGAAACACGUGCGAUCGAAUAGCACAACGCCAGGUCAGGUUGGCACGAACGGCCCUGGCCCCAGCGAAAGCAGGCACACCAGGGUGACGGAGAAUUUCUUUGCCGAGGACGAUGAAGACGUGAUGAGAGCGUCACAUGAGACCGCCGUGACUACCGCUAUCGACCUUUUUCAAAAUGUCGAUAAGCAACAACUGUCCAUGUUAGGCGCAACAACUGACCUCACUGGGCCCGUGGUGGAGCGAUUGAUUGAGAGAUACGUAGCAGAGAACGUCCAUAAUCUCGUAUGGCCUAGGCUCGCUGCUAUGCGGCGAGCCGAGGACCUCGAACUUGAAGCCAAGAUAAGACAGAUGGAGUUUAUCGACAUCUCCCAACUCGGUCUCGCCAUUGAAGGCGGCCAGAAAGACAAGCGCGACCUCACCAUCAGACUUGGACGCGCGGUUGAGGAAUUCAACAAGAUGACCACAGCAAUGGGUCCGCAGGAGAUGAUGGAUCUGCUUCUCUCAACAAUGAAGGCUGUCACAACUAUGCCUGAGCAACCAGGGCCGGAAGGAAAGCCUAAUGGGGCCGCAGAAAAGCCUCCGCUUACCAUCAAUGCUGACACACUAGUUUCGCUGCUGCUUUAUGUUGUCAUCAGGGCUGGCGUCAAACAUUUACAGGCGCGCCUUCAAUACAUCAGGCAUUUUAUCUUCAUCGACGAUGUCGACAGUGGCGAAAUGGGGUAUGCGCUGAGUACUUUUGAAGCAGUCUUGUCAUACCUCAUGAGGGAUUCUAGUACUCUGAGGCGAGCGAGCAAGCGCAACAAAGCUCUAUGGGACAUGGUUGCGAAAGGGAAUACCACAGAGCUCCAAAAGAUGAUUGAUUAUGACGGAGAGGUCGUCGACGACGAGCCGCCGGAAUCGCCCAUCUCGACCCAAGCCCCGUCUGUCAGCUGGAGCAUGUUAAACGGGUCCUCCAAGGGAUCUUCCACAACUUAUACUAGCUUCGACACCUACUCUCAAGGAACCGGUCUUAGUCAUGUUUUCCCUUUUGAGAGUGACCUCAUUGGCGAGUCUUCUUCCUCGCCGGUAAAACGAGUCAAGCGAGUGUCUAUGGAUACGAGGAGUAUGUCGAGUGGCUCCGAAUUUUCCUACCGCUCUCGAGCUGCCAGCGUCGCGACUACGAUGGGUAGUGCUAUCGAGGGCGACACAUCGGCAGUACGGCUGUGUCAAACUCUUGACUCGUUUGGGGAGUCGGUCCCCAUGAUGGCAGUCCAGAAUGAGCGGCCUGAAACAUUGAAAUAUUUGUUAUCCUUGACAGAGUAUUUUCCGCCCGAAGUUAUUCUGGAGGAUACCAACAAUCAAGGAACCACGCUUUUAAGCGCUGCAGUUCAGCUGGGUCAUACCGAACUGAUUGACGUCAUCUUGGAUUUCAUCAUGGCUGCAGCCAGCCGUGAGCGAGUCGCUCGAUACUUCGCAGUUCAGGAUACGAUGGGACGUAGUGUGGCACACUAUUUGUUUCACGCGCCCGUACUGAUCAGGCGCAUUGGCAAAUUGCUACCAUGGCGGCAAAAAGAUAAAAAUGGCUUGACCCCAUUGUUUUCGCUAUGUCGGUCAUACGAUCACACCGUUUACCACUCCAUGGUUGAAGCCGGACUGGAAGCUGCCACGGAAUCCCAACGUGAUGGUCAAUCAUUGCAUCUUGACGAUCAUGUUGACUCGAAAGGAAACACGCUCCUGCAUAUUGUGCACGAUGCCUCAUUGACUCACCGCAUUUUGCAAUAUUGUGACGUCGAUGCCAACGCAACCAACGAAAAGAAGUUCACCGCGCUCAUGGUGGCUAGCAAGUAUGGCCGCUAUGACAUGGUGAGAGCUUUAUUUGGGGAUGCUAGAGUUGACGUGGCAGCAAAAGAUUUUCGAGGUCUGACGGCGGUGGAGCUGGCCAAGGACGAUGAGGUUCGGAAUAAGAUUGAUGAUCUUACACUCUUUUCGAUGCCAGCAGCUGAAGAUGGACGCGUCACAGGUGUGGUACGAUCGUUUUUUGUGGAGGACGCUACGAUACGGCUCGUCAUUAAGUCUGGCGCCCCGAGCGAAGGGAAUAGUUUUACGAUCACAACUUGCCGCCGUUCCCUCUUAGAUUUUGAGCGUCUCGCCAAUCUUCUGUCGGUCGAGAAUCCGGCAUCAUGGAUUCCCAACGUCUCAAGUCAACGAACACCUUUCCAGAUCCCCGCCAAGCCCUCAAGAGCAGUCUUGAAGGACAUACAGGUUCGUACGGACUGGUUUCUAAGGAUUUUACUGGCACACCCUACUUUUGCCACUCACGAAAUGCUUUGGGAAUUCUUCUUAGUCCCUGAUCUACAGCCUGAUAUGAUAGAACAGCGUAGUAGGCUGAAGGCUGAGACACGUGCUGAGACCAUUCACGAUGAGUACGAGCCGCUUGAAGAUAUUCGGGAGGUCGAGCAAUUCGUUGAUCACGCGCGUGACAUGGUUCGUAGCGUCAACUUUUCGACCAAAAGCGUUGCGCGGCGUGCCAAUGGAAUAUGUGUCGCCAAUGCGGAUCUUUACGAAGCAGCGAAUCUCUUGAGCAAGCAAGUUGGCAACUUGGAAUUCUUGCCGCACACACACUUCGCCGCAUUUGAGGCCUAUGCCCAUACUCUGCUACCAUUGCAGUCUGCACCUGCGCAAACGCUACAUAGUACACUUUUGGCGAUCCAAUCCACCAUGAUAGCAAUGCUCGCCGCUUUGGCACGCCCGCCGCAAAUUGUCGCGCAGAUACAAUCAUCCCGCAGAGCUAUUGAACGGUCGUACAACUCAUUGAGCCGCUCCACACGAUGGCCCUUGGGACUUCUUGAUGACACUCGCCAGCGACUCAACGAAGAGAAGGAGGAGAGAGCACGGGAGAAACAGAAGGAAGCUGACGACCUGGGUCGCGAGCUGAGAUAUACGCAGCAGGUGGUAGCUGGUGAACUUGCCGGCUGGCAGGACAUGCACGAAAGACUGGGACGUCGAGCCGUAAAGGAAUUUGCCAGAGGCAUGGUCGUUCUUGAACGUGAAAGACUGGCGGGUUUGCGGCGCGCCAUAAGGAAACUAAAGGAAGUUUCUACCGGCCCAGUGUUCAGGAUGGGCUCAAUUGGUGGGCCUCAAGCCGAAGCAGCAGUCGAUGAACUCGAAGCACGGCGACAGAUGGAAGACGUCGUCGACUCUGGUCUCAUAGACUCGCUUGCGCCGCCAGUAGGAGCGGACCCGGCAUUGCCAGGAAAGGAGGCUUCCGAGUCUUCCAAGAGUGGUGGCCCCGAAACAGAUAAUGGUGAGAUUUCGUUGGGGGUUAGUGGCGGUUCGAAUACUGCAAAGUCUGCAGAAAGCGUAGGAAACACCAUCAGUGCAGAUGGUGUGCAACAAUGA